UGUUCCAGGUUCAAUCCAUACGAUCGAGCUCCGUUCCGAGUGCUUCGAGAAGGCGACGAGUCAGAAACGUAUGCCCGUGAUGCGCUAGCCUAUUACAAGGCUUAUGUGACUUUCUCUCAAAUCUGCCAUUCCCCUCAGAACGCGACGACGAUCGCGCUUCGUCCCGGAACAGUGAUUUUCCUCGACAACUUUAGGAUAUUUCAUUCAAGGACAAGCUUCAAGGGACAAGAUUUCCAUGCAAAAGCUCGCACUCACGGCUACGGCGGAGAAUUCGACGAUUCGUUUGAAAAAGCGACGUGGUCUAGACAAAUUGUAUUUAUUCACUUGCAUAAAUUCAAGAAAAAUCGGAAAUCACAGUGGAAGCAUUGGAAUAACACAAUGUACAAUAUGUAUUUCAUAGAAGGCCACAGAAAAGGCUCCCUAAGAAGUGCAUCAUCUGAGAAC